AUGGAGCACGCUUUUGUGAAGAGCCUCAUAUGCAGGGCAGCCUUCUACGGGUGGAUUCGCAAGUCCUAUGAUUGGCUGAUUGGCAAGAGAGUCAAGAGAUUCCUAAACGUUACCGUCUGGCCAAAAUCGCUAAGAGACAUUUGCCCACUUAGGAAUCGGAGCAUGUGGACAAAUCCACUACUUGUACAAUAUGAAUGGGCAGAUAUUGUUUUGAAAUCGGACCUACCGUUGGCCUUCAGAGGCCUAGCCAUAUGUGAAAGGGCGGCGAUGGAUGGUUCCGACAUUAGCGCAUCCGAUGUGCAUGCGCUCCCCACAAAGGCGGGGACGCUCGUGGCGUUUGGGGUUACUUCGGCGGGAUUCUCUUCCACACCUGAACGAAAGAGUGGGGUCUACCGACGGGCUAGCGCCUCAUGGGUCAUCUCCACCAUUGACACUGAUACACCAUCCUUCAACCCACUCUUCAACCAAUCUCGUUCCCCUCGCGAACCAUUCCUGGCGUUUCUGCGCGUCAGCAGCGCAUGCCUCAGGCCAUUCAAACACCCGAACACUCCACCUUGCCAGGAUCUCUGUCCCCCUGCUCGCGCUUCAGGGGCUAUGUGCGCCUUUUAUUUUUCCAUGACCCGCGUGCACGAAGUUCACCACGGUGGCGACCCAUCUCAUGCAUGUUGGGUUUUUCACUGA